AAAUAAAGACAUGGAUUCCACGAUUACUACUAUUACUAACACCAUUACUACCUCAAAAUAUACUGCAUUGAAUCACAAUUCACGUGAAACAGUAGAAUAUUCUGGACCUUUGUUUGGGCACAUUUUCUCUGACUGGACAACUUUAAAUCUUUAUUGAAUACACCUGUUAGGCACCCUUUCUGAACUCUGUCUGAAUUGGUUAUUUUCUAUAGUGACUGUAUGAGUGCAUUUUGACCGUGUUUCAAUUAGCCUGCAGUUUUUUGUGUUGCCCCCAGAGGUCAGAGUGGGUAUCUAGGUCAGAGUAUCUAAUAGUAAAACAAAAUGCACCCAAAUAUGGAAGACACAGAACAACAGAGACCCCUCCCAGCAAUCUGCACAGACAAAUCAGUUGCUACCACCUCGAUAUCUGCUUUCAGGGUUUUUUUUCUACAUAGAGAAAUAAACUGACUUUGUUUUCUAUUCUGGUCGUUUGGUUUCUUCUUCUUUUCUUUUCCCCUUUUUUCCAUUUGACAGGGAAUCCAGUGCUAAUCAUCAUCAGACCAGAUUAGCUCACAUUAUUCUCAAGAAAGAGUACUGAGUGAAUGUUGCGUCUCAGAUCAGCCAGGCAGCAGCUUUAUCAGUGUCAAUCAAACAUCCCAACAUCAGAGAAGAAUGGCCAAGCAGAAACUUUUGAUGGGAUUCUUUCUGCUUUUUGCAGCCAUCUGUAGCUCUGUGUCCAGUGAUGAAUGGAAGGCCACUGUUGUAAAAAGCAUUGACGCUCUGGUUGGAUCCUGUGUUGUGGUACCAUGUUCAUUCUCCCAUACUGGAGGAAACCUGCCCUCCUCCAGACUCAGAGGAAUCUGGCAUGAAAAAAAUGACAAAAAAAGCAACAUCUAUCAUGAGGAUUAUACACUGAUUAAGGACAACUUUAAGGGCCGAACAAAGCUUGUGGGAGAUCUGGGCCAGAACAACUGCACCUUAGAAAUAACUCAAAUUAGAAAUCAUGACAAUGGCCCUUUCUGUUUCCGGGUUGAACUAGUGCGAACAGAAAACAAUGACCCCACCAAGGACAAGUUCUCCUUUGUUGAAGACUGCGUUGAGUUGAACAUGAUCACUGAGCCUCCAAAGCCUACAUUGAUCCAACCAAAGACAGCCACUCAAGGAGAGCCCUACACUGUCACCUGUUCAGUCAUCCACACCUGCCCCACUCAUGUUCCUAAACUCACAUGGAAUAUGGAUAGUACAAAGGUCAUUGUGCAUCAUAAAGAUAUUAAACAUGGAAACUGGGAGACACAGUCCAUCCUGACAGUUAUUCCUGAGGAGAAGGAUGACAACAGAGAGAUAACCUGCACUGCUGAAUUUAAUGGAGGGCUGAAAUCACCUGAAACUUUCACACUCCAUGUAAAACGUGUAGAGAACUAUAAUCACAUCAUCAUUCCCUCUGUGGUGGGGAUUGGUACCACUGUGGCCUUUGUACUCGUCUGCAUUUUCAUGACUAAAAAAUACAAAAAACGCAUUGAAGAGCUUCAAAGUCGAGAUGGCAGCAUGUGGAAUCGGCUGUCGAGGAUGUCUCGCAGGUCUAUUUGGAGCAGAUUUUCAAGAAGGCCUAAAGGGGACAUAGUAGAUUUUGGUCAUAGUCCAAACAAUGUGAAUUCGAAAUCCUGUGAUAACCAGAAAGUCACAAAACCUCGUUUCCCAUCUCCCAAAAGCCAGCCCAAAUCUUACAAUUACAAAGAGGACCCUGAUGAAGGUGAUGACUACAUUAAUACCGCAGACCUCAACAUCUAUGGAAACAUCUGAAAAACAAACAAAAAAAGAAGAAGAAAAAAAGCCAGCAAUUAAUGUUCUAAUAAAUUUAAAUAAGUAUAAAACAAAUCUAUGUGCACUCUUUAUGAUCACUUGUCCUUGGGAUUUCUCAUGCAUGUUUCUUGUGAUGAUGUCUUCUGUCCAUUAAUUACUAUAAUCCUGUAAUUUAUGUUGUUUGGUGUAACAAAUGCUUGUAUCCAUAAUUCUGCAAAAUAAUAUUUGUAAAAAUGCUACUCAUGUUUUGGCUGAAUAAAUCAACAUGAACCUUUUUUUAACUGA